AUGAAGACUCCGACCGUAGUCGCCGGAGCUCCGGCGGCUAACGGCGCCGCCGCCGUUGAAGGUGAGAAGAAGAACAUAAACGGCGAGCUAUGGCAGGCCUGCGCCGGCCCGCUAGUGAACGUGCCGGCCGCCGGGACUCACGUCGUCUACUUUCCGUUAAGACUAUCCCGAGACUUGAGUUGGAAGCUUGACUGCUUGAGGGCGAGCGUGGAGCAGAUCGCCGGAAAACUACUCGAGGACGACGAGGGGGUUGCUGCAUCCAUGAAAAAGGAUGUCGAUGUUCAAAUCCCCAACUACCCAAACCUCCCUUCAAAAUUACUGUGCCUCCUCCAUAAUGUCACUUUGCACGGUGAUCCAGAAACUGACGAAGUAUAUGCUCAGAUGACUCUGCAACCUGUUCCUUCGUUUGACAAGGAAGCUUUACUGAGAUCAGAUUUAUCGAUGAAAGCACACAGGCCGCAAACUGAGUUUUUCUGUAAAACCUUGACCGCAAGUGACACUAGCACGCAUGGUGGUUUUUGCGUGCCACGUCGUGCUGCAGAGAAGAUUUUCCCUACUCUGAAUUUGAUCUACAAAUUACUCUUAUUGAUGAUGACGAUUUCAUCGAACACGAACAGAGAUGAAAAGCAACAGCUUCUUCUAGGCAUAAGACGUGCAAACAGACAGCCGACUAACUUAUCCUCAUCAGUUUUGUCGAGCGAUAGCAUGCACAUAAGAAUCCUAGCGGCAGCUGCCUAUGCAGCUGCUAACAACAGCCCGUUUACCGUAUUUUACAAUCCAAGGGCUAGUCCAUCGGAGUUUGUUAUACCUUUGGCUAAGCACUACAAAGCUGUUUUGCAAUAUAUGGGUACAAUAACCGGAAUCAGUGACCUCGACCCAGUUCGUUGGAAAAAUUCACAGUGGCGCAACUUACUGGUUGGUUGGGACGAGUCGACAGCUGGCGAAAGGCGUAAUCGUGUGUCCAUUUGGGAGAUCGAACCUGUAACUGCUCCGUUUUUCAUAUGCCCCACGCCUCCUUUAUUCCGUUCGAAGUGCCCCAGAAUACCAGGAAUGCCAGUGAGGAAAAUGAUGUAA